UCUUUUUCAAACAGGUGCUGCAUCAAUAAAGACGAGUGCAAUUUAGGAUAUUUUCAUGAUGAUACGCAGCAGGUGCUUGUUACUUGCACAAGGUUUUCUCAAGACUACCUACCAAUUGCCAGCCAAAGGGCACCAGCGGUUCUUCACUAGAAGAGGAUGGGACCCAUUCCAUGAUUUCCGAAGCAUCUUGCAAAAUGUGGAGCGUCAGAUGAAUGAAUUUGAUCGGGAUAUGCGUGGCUGGAUUAACAGAAAUGGCUUCCCCCCUUUUGCACAACUUCUUCCAAGCAUGUCCCGUUCUGUACCCAUUGAAUCUGAUGGUUCUGGGGACAAGUACCGAAUCAGCAUUGACAUGGAAGGAUAUAAGCCUGAGAACAUCAAGGUGAGCCUUAAGGACAGGAUGCUUACAAUCAAUGCAAAAGUGGAUACCAGGGGAGCAGAUGGAAGCCAGCUCUCUACAGAAGUGACUAGACAAUAUGUUCUUCCUGAGAAUGUAGAUGUGGAUGGGCUUAGGUCUCAUUUGGACUCUGAUUCCAUACUCAGAAUUGAGGCUCCUCAGACUCCUUCAGAACAGUCUCAGGAGAUCCCUGUUACACGUGAAGUAGGAGAGAAAAAGUAGUUCAGCAGAAUGGUUGUGAUACGAUUGUGUAGCCCAUGAUGUGCUUUGAUCAUCCUCUUAUUGGAUUUUCUUUUUUUUUUUGGCUGCCCCUUUCUGAAAUCCUUUUUGUUCAAUAUAAGUCUGUG